AUGGCGUCUGAAGGGCCCGUCAUGGCGGAAAAGCCUGAAGAAGCCAGUGAAGUCCAGUCAACUCUUGCCCGAAAAAGGCAAGAAAGAAAGGAGGAGAACCGACGUGAAAAACAGCGUCAGUUGGACUGGCUCUUCCGUGAAGUCGAGAUUGACUGGAGUGAAGUCAUGAGGUUGAUGAGAAUUGAUGGCCUUCAGCCGAACAUCAAAGAAGCAGGAAGUGGAAUAACCAGCCUGCAUCGUGCUUCAAGUGAAGGGCAAGGAGCGAUACUAGAGUGGUGCAUCAAGAUGAAGGCUGAAAUAGACGGUAGAACACAAAUGGGACGAAGUGCUUUGCACUACGCUUGCGAAUGCUCCCGUCCUCGUUGUGUUCGAAUUCUUCUGGAUAACCAAGCGGAUGCAAACUUGCGUACAUUGAGCUACCUGACUCCACUCCACCUGGCAUGCCAGGCAAACAGUGUCGAGGCGGUGACAGCUCUUUUGCAGAAUGCCAAGCAGGUGGUUGAUGUUGAUGCUGAAGAUACCAAGCGUCGAUCUGCUGAGGCUUUGAGCACCAACCAGCAGAUUCAUAAGCUUGUGAGGAAGUAUCGUGCACAACUCGAUGAACUCCGAAAAGCACAGCUGGUUGAGCAGUGUUUACAGCGACUCUUUAACUUUUUCGAUGUGAACCAGGAUGGUGUCAUUCACCCCGAGGAAUGGGUAGACAGCAUGAUGCUCCUGGCCGAGUUCUUCGAGCAUCACAGUGAUCAGUCCAUCCAGAAGAUGUUCGAAGAGAUUGACAAGGAUGAUAGUGGUACCAUUGAUUGGCCAGAGUUCAAGGCAUCCUAUGCCGAACUUCUACAAGUGAUCAAUGUUCCCUUCAGAGAGCUCAUGGACAUGCUCGCAGACAUCGACCGGGCUAUUCUGCAGGAAAAACUUCGGUUGGACCGUGAAGCAGCCAAAGAAGCUGAGCUGGUCUCAUUGCUGGUCUCGUUGCUGGUCUCUUGCUGGUCUCUUGCUGGUCUCUUGCUGGUCUCUUUCUGGUUUCUUGCUGGUCUCUUGCUGGUUUUCUUGCUGGUCUCUUGCUGGUCUGUUGCUGGUCUCUUGCUGGUCUGUUGCUGGUCUCUUGCUGGUCUCUUGCGGUCUUUUGCUGGUCUCUUGCUGGUCUCUUGCUGGUCUCUUGCUGGUGUCUUGCUGGUUUCUUGCUGGCGGUCGGGCGCCGUCGGGUUCACAGCUGUCGGCCUGGGCGGUGUCUUGGUGGCUUGGUGGUGUCUCGGUGGUGGACUGGUAGGGGUCUCGUGUCUUGAUGGUGUCGUGGUUGGUGUCUCGGUGGUGUCUCGGUGGUAUGUUGGUGGUAUCUCGGUGGUGUCUCGGUGGUGUCUCGGUGGUGUCUCGGUGGUGUCUCGGUGGUGUCUCGGUGGUGUCUCAGUGGUGUCUCGGUGGUGUCUCGGUGGUGGUGUCUUGGUUGUGGUGUCUCGGGUGUCUCGUCGGUUUCGUCGGUGGUGUCUCAGUGGUAUCUUGGUGGUGUCUCUAAACUUCUCUGUGUAA